GAUUUGUUCAUGUUAAAAAUGUACGAAGUUUUGUACUGAUAUCUGAGAUAUGGAGCAGGCUAUGGAGGUAUUCAGAUCCUAUUGAUUACAUAUUAUUACGAUCAAGCAGAUCUAUUAUACAGAAACAGUUGCCUCUUUAUCAGUAAACUCAAACGAAGGACAUUAUGUCACGAUUUAAGGAAUGCAUGUUGUUGUCAACAAUUGUUUUCUGCUUCGUUCAUGUUUGGUUAAACCUGUCAAUUUCAACAAAUGUAUUUGCACCAUUUCAAUCAAGAAAACAUCAUGACAUAACAACAGAACUCAAACGGAUGCAGAAUGUGUUUAAUAAAUGCAGUCCUAAGCAAACGAUUGUGUUCUUGAAAACCCACAAAACCGGAAGCACAACUCUCGCAAGGAUUAUUGAACUAUAUGGUUACAGAAAUUCUCUCGCCUUUGUAAGGAAAAUAGGAGAAAGUGGAUCUAUACAUUAUGGAAACCGGAGAUUUAACAAAACGUCUCAUCACACGUUUCUUCCGCCACCAAACGUAACCAGAGGAAAUUACACGAAUUACAAAUACAAUAUAUUUACUUUACAUGUUCGUUAUGAUCGUAAAAUAAUAGAUGGAUUUAUGAACGAAGAUCCCAUCUACAUAACGCUGCUGAGAGAGCCAUCAAAGCAAUUUGAAUCGGCUUUUGUAUUCUUUAACAAAGGAAAACUAAUCAAACUGCCACGAAAAUAUAGGCGUAAUCGUACUUUGAUAAAUAAUAGAAAAAUGACACGAUUUCUUGUAAAUCCUAAAAAAUACCCUAAAUUAGUAUCUAGCAGAUUUAUUAAUAAUGACCAGAUAUUUGAUCUUGGCCUAAAUACUCAGUAUGUUUUGAAUGAUAAGGUUGUAAAUAAAACAAUUGCUAAAAUAAAUGAAGAUAUGGAUCUUGUACUUAUAAACGAAUACUACGACGAAUCUCUAGUACUGCUAAGCAAAAUACUUUGUUGGAGUUUUGAAGAUUUAGUGUAUCUUCCUAUGAACGAAAGGCCCGACUCCCAAGUUGCAAUGUCCAAGAAUUUGCGUCAGAAAGCUCGUGAAUGGAAUCACGCUGACACAAUGCUGUAUAACUUCUUCGUAGAACGAUUAAAAGAACGCUUCAUUGAAUAUGGGCCGUCGUUCGAGGAGGACCUUCGGCGAUUCCGUAACAUGACGGCGGAAUUACGCCGUAGUUGCGUAGGUGGACAAGUUGUCAAAGGUCGUCGUAAGGCGUACACACCUACUACAAAUAAUAGUGGUGUAUGCCAAUUUUAUACCGAGGACCCAAGUAAAAUGGAUGAGCGUAUAAGGAAACGAAUGGGAGCCAGGAUACAUAGUAGUGUUAAUCAUGGAUUCCAGAAAACGCAGACUAAGAAAAAAAAACAGGUUAGGCAAAAAAAGUUAAUAAAAAAAGUAAGAAUGAUACACCGAAUUAGCCGGUAGAUUUCUGCGUACGUCUACAUGUGGAAGUACAGUAUCCCUGUUCUUAACUUAGUUGAUGGAUCCCCUUUUCGAAGGAGCACUUGUUAAUACUAAUAAUAAUAAUAAUAAUAAUAAUAACAAUAUGAAUAUUGUGGUAAGUCAUGUAUUAAGAAUUAGAAUGAAAGAGUGAUAGUGUAAUGAGUUGUGACGGAUUUCCCCCAAGCAAUGGAAAGCCGGGCUUUUUAUAGUGGAAGCAAGAAUAUUAAAGUAGUCUGAAUUAGGUGUUUUUUUUUUUUUUGCAUUUAACAGAGUUUUGAAGAUUCUGAAAAAUGUUUGAUGACUAGUAAGCUAAGUGCUCAUUUGGCCGUGUUUCUAGGUGUCUGUCGGUCUCACCAUAUAGGCCUAUACGAAGUUACACUCCUCGCAAUUAAAUUUGUAGGCACACGGGCUCGGAGAUUAAUUGGGACAUAGUCUUUUACAUUAAAAAAAAAAAGAUAAUUUAUAUGAUUUAAAAGCAAGUUUAACAUUAAUAUUAGCAGAAAUAUUUUUUCUACCAUAAAGUUGAUUUUUGUUAGAAAUCAGGGGCGGAUCCAGAAAUUUUCAAACGACGGGGCACAGCAGUUUCAGAAGAGAUAAGUGAGUAGCACAUAACAUUAAUAUGCAUUGAAAUGUCUAAUUGUGCCCACGUACCCCCAACCGAAUGCGCCCCUGAGCAAUAGUUGAAUAAUGGUGUUAAGGUUGAAAUAAGAAGGUUGUGUUUUAGAAGGAUUUCAAAUGGUGGGCGAUAGUUUUCUGUUCAGAGGGUUAUGUAUUAUUUUAUUAAUUAAUUAUAUCGGAUAACAAUUUUUUUAAAGUAAAUAUAAGUUUUCCUAAAUCUUUAUGAAAACUUAUCCAUGUAUUAUUAAGUUUAAAUGUACGAUCUAUUAGGGUGCGUAGAUGUCUAAAUUUAAAGGCAUGUGACGUAAAUCUAUGGAAAUUAGUUAACAAGUCGAUAUAUGUGUUUUUAUGAUUGACUGAGGCUAUGGUCAGAGUUAUCUAGAAGAAUGUCAAGGAAGGGUAAUUUUUCGUUGUAAUCCUUUUCCAUGGUGAAUCCUAGCUAACUUCUUCACGGGACAACAUAAACAAUUUUAGCUAAAACUCGUCCACUGGUGCACCUGUUCGUUUUUACCGACAUAAUGUUGACAAUGUUUUUUGAUGCCAACAUUUUUUCGAUUUAAUAACCCAUCAAUUAGAUUCACAAGGAGAAAGUACAACAAAAAAUUACCAAUCCUUGACUAUAUGAGCUGAUUCUGCGUCGGUCAAUGUAUUAUUAGUUCAAAAUUCAGUGAUUA